AUAAGUAUCUGUUCCGAUACGCUGUUAAAAUCCAAUUAACAUUAAUUAGGUAUUCAAAACGCUAUUUGGAAUAAACUCGUUUGAAAUAAAUGACAAUUGAAACAUAAAAUACGAGUAUACAACCCAUUAUUCAUUGUUCCAUUAAAAUUUAAUGAUUAAAUGGUCCCAUUCAUAGGCGUGCGCACGGGGUGUGCAAAAAUGUGUGUCUACUUUAAAUUUUUGAUGAAAAAUUGUUAAAUUACCUAACUGAUUUUUGAGAGUAGGUAAGUAUAAGUAUAUCAGUAUGUGUAAUAUAAUACAAAAAUUAAUAAUCGUUUUUACUUUGUACAACAGUCGCAAAUCGCAAUAAUCAUAUUAAAUUUACAUAUUAUACCUAUUCUUUACUCUCAUUAUCAAUAAAAGUAUAAAACAGCGUCUAAAAAUUUUAAUUUAUUAUAAUAUAGAGACAUAAUUUAUCUAACUGAAUUGUAGUAGGUCAAGUAACCCUUUCUAAAACAAUUUUGCACACCCCGUGAAAAAUUCUUGCACACGCCUAUGGAUCCAUUGUACAUAUUUUGUAUAUAAAUAUUAAAUAUGUAUUAUAACAUUCAUAACAAUAACGAUAAUAAUAUUAUAAGUAAUUUAAAUAAUAUUAUUAUAAUAAUGCACGGAGACGAUAACUGUUUGCUUACAAAAAUGUCAUUGGCUCAAUCGGGAGGCGGGAACACGAUGUCAUAAUAUAUAUUAUUAUCUAUGAACUUUGGCGGGAACCGAAGAGCUGAGUUGAAUUGAGAUAAAAAAUAAUAAUUAUUAUUAUUAUGGUGUGUCUUAGUAAGUUUGAUAGUUCAUUUUAUUUGUCUGGUUCACGGUUAUCUAGUAGAUAACAGUGGUCUGGUUUAAUCGGUCUAGUGGUAAUUAUUCAAAUUAUUGUUUACUAAUUUUACUAGUAAUUUAAUAUCUAUUCCUCGGUGAAUUGUAUUUUAAGUAUUUUCCAGAAACUGAACUCGGCAUUUUACACCUUGCAAUUUACUUAUCAGUUAUCUUCGUUCACUGUAGAUAUUUGUUUAUGAUAAUAUGUUAUAAAUCCGUGACAUUAUAUAGUACCUACGCUUACAGUAUACUUAGUGGCACCUGUACUUAGUUUGUGCUUCUCAGUCAGUAUUAACUUAUCAGUGAUUUGUUUAUUUUGUGGGCAGCAGCCACAUUCAGUAAUCAGUAUUUAGUUUUGUUUCUUAAACUGUUACAAAAAAAUGAAGACGUGUAUAGCAUCGUUUUGUUAAAUGUCAAUGUCAAAUGUUAAAUAUUGAAUUUUACAAUUUUUUUCAAUUUUCACUAACAUUUUAUGUAUCUUUUAUAAAUUGCUAAUACCUAUCGGCCAAUAGCAGAAUGUCAAUAAAGAGCUGUUUUAAUUUUUGUUAUGUAUUAAAAGUAUUAAUUGGCAUAAUUUUGUCAAUUGCAUCGAUCGCAACUAUUCGUAUUGUGUAUUGUUAUAAUACAAAAAAUAAUUGUAUAAAUUAUAAUACUCCGAUGGUAAUCAACACGUGGGCAUUUACUGAUGCAACAACAAAAAGUUGGGAAGUGUUAAACAUGACAGGCUCUGCAAUUGAUGCAGUUGUAGCUGGGUGUACAGUUUGUGAACAAGAGCAAUGUGAUGGUACUGUUGGUUAUGGCGGAAGUCCUGAUGAAAAUGGAGAAACUUCUUUAGAUGCCCUCAUCAUUGAUGGAGCUACGAUGAAUAUGGGCGCUGUAGCGCAUAUGAAACGUAUCAAGUCAGCCUCUAAAGUAGCACGGCUUGUGAUGGAAAAUACAAAACAUACUCUUCUUGUAGGUGAUGAAGCAACUGAAUUUGCUAUACAGAUGGGUUUUAAAGAGACUAAUCUUAGCACAAUUGAUUCAAUGAACUUGUGGAAGCAAUGGAAAACUAAUAAUUGUCAGCCAAACUUUUGGACUAAUGUCAGCCCAGAUCCAAAAAAGUAUUGUGGACCUUACAAAUCAAAUUUGUUAAGACAAUCAAAACUCGAGUCAAAUCAUGUGGAUAUAAAAAAUCAUGAUACUAUUGGGAUUAUUGCAAUUGAUCAUGAUGGUAAUAUUGCUGCUGGUACAUCUACUAAUGGUGCCAAAUUCAAAAUACCUGGAAGAGUUGGUGACUCUCCCAUUCCUGGAUCAGGUGCUUAUGCUAUGAAUAAACUUGGUGCUGCUGUAGCAACAGGUGAUGGAGAUAUACUAAUGCGAUUUUUACCAAGUUUCCAUGCAGUUCAAGCAAUGAAGCAUGGCCAUCCUCCAAAACAUGCUGCUCAACUAGUUAUAGAUCAGAUUGCCAAAUAUUAUCCUGACUUUAGUGGAGCAGUUAUUGCUGUUAAUAAUUAUGGAUAUUAUGGUGCUGCUUGUCAUGGAUUUGACAAAUUUCCCUAUUCUAUUGCAAAUCCUGAACAGAAUAAAGUGUCCAUACUUUAUACUACAUGUACCUAAUCAAAAUCAUAAAAUAGUUACUAUCAUCUUAUACCUAUUUAAAAAAAAAUAUUUAUUUUUGUAAUUGUUAAAUAAUAAUUAGUUACUAUUAAGAUUAACAAUAUUAUUACUUGAGUAAGACAUAGAUUUGUAUGCAUUUGCAUAUUUGUAUUGAUAAGUUUAAAAUAUAAAUGUCCCUCUGUCCUUAGUUACUAAACGUUGGAAAAUCAUCUAGCAACAAUUUAUUAGUAUGAAUAUUACAAACAUGUAUAUUAUUUUAAUGAAGUUUUGAAGACUAAAUAAAUCAUAAAGGUAAAAAAAAGAGACGGAAUUUUAUAAUUAACCAUACCUCAUUUAGAAAUGCAAGGACUUCUAUCAGCUGUUUCGAUAAAAAUUGUUAAAAAUAUUAUACAUAAUAUAAUAUAGAUUAUAGAGGAUAUAUGUAUUUAAUUAAUUUGUUUAAAGAUUUGAAAUAUUUAGGUAUUCUAAAUUCUAUUGAAAAUGCUUUUCAAUAUCAUUUGGGUAGGUAACAUUCUUGUAACUUAUUUUUGACUCUAAGAAACUUUAAGAAUUUGGCGUGUGAAUUGUGUUUCAUGGAUUAAAAAAGAAAUUAUAAAACAUAAAGCUUGUGUCACUACAUUUAUUCAUUUGCCAGUUGCUAGUCCAUUAAUAAUCACAUGUAAUGUUGAUAUUUUAAACUUCUUGUGGCAAUCUGUCGAUGCACUACCAUUAUUUAUAUUUUUCAUACUAAAAUACUUAUUUCCACCUUUUCGGAUGAGAAUUUUUAAUAUUCCAAAUUUAAUUCUUGGCGUAAUUUUUACUUUAUUUGUUUUGAAUAAAAUAUCAUUAUAACUAACCUAGUUUCGCUUGAAAUAGUUAAACACAUACCGUUUAAAAAAAUAGUUUCCUCUGAAUACCUGUCACAAAAAUGGGAGCGUUUUACUUUAAUUAUUGGGCCAAAAUUGUCAGAACUUUAUUAGAUUUAUGGCUCGUGUCUAUAGAAAUAGAAUAAUGUAAUUAAUAUUCUACAAAUUAUUUGUAACUUUCUUUUUACUUUAAUGUCAUUAAAUAUCUAUACAAUUUUUA